AUGUUUGGCAAGUUCAAAGCACUGUUCUCGGUGCCCGAGCCACCUCCGAAGCCAGAUGCCACUGCUGCUCCUGCCACGGCUCCUGUCCCCGCACCAGCUCCUGCUCCUGCCCCAGCACCUCCAGCCAAGGAAGAGGAGAAGCCUGCAGAGAAAAAGGAUGAGGAGAAGAAAGAGGAAGAACCUAAGAAGGAGGAGGCUAAACCAGCAGAUCCUGCCCCAGCUCCAGCCCCAGCUCCUGCCCCAGCCCCAGCCCCUGCCGCAGCUCCUGCCCCAGCCCCGGCCACUGCCCCAGCACCUGCACCUGCAGAAGGAGACAAACCCCCUGAUGGGGCUGAAGGUGAAGAGCAGCCCCCUCCUCCACCUCCGCCGGUUGUGUACAGCAGGUAUGCAGAUGACACAAUCCGGGAAGUUGUCAAACGGUUAAGAGACCGGACAAAUGCCUACAAAGAGAGAGCCAUUGACCCCUAUGCUACCACACCUGAAAUCAGCCCCCCUAUCACCCCGGUCUUGAGGAAACCAGACUACCUGAGGAAGAAGGAGGCAGAGAGGAUAAAAGCAGAGGAGGACGCAAUAAAAAAAGCAGAAGCAGACGCGAUAAAGGCAGUAGAGAUGGCAAAGAAAAAGGAGGAGAAAGCGAAGGCGGACGCGGAGAAGAAGGAGGCAGAGCGGCUAAAGAAGCAGGAGGAGGAGCAGGCAGCUAGAGAUGCAUCCAUUUGUCCCAUGAUCAGCUUUUCCUUCAUUGACACUAUGCUCCAACCAGUUGAAGACGCCAUGGACACAGUGCUUGGUAACACCAUAGAUCCAUUCACAGAUCGCAAGUAUAUUGCUUGGAUAACACUUGUAAGUUUGGCAUUCAACUACAACGCUUGGUUUACACCGGUUCGUUUGGUCUUUCCCAUCCACACUCCAGUGUCCGUUCCUUUCUGGAUAUUUGCUGACAUUCUUGCUGACAGCGUCAAUGUCAUAGAUAUCGUCCUCUGGCAACCCCGGCUGCAGUUUGUGAAAGGAGGAGACAUUAUUAAAGACCGGACUGUGACGAAGCAACAUUAUCGAGAGAUUUCGAGGUUUAAUUUGGAUAUGAUCAGCAUCAUCCCAUUCGAACUGCUCGGUAUCCCGUUUGGAUUCUCUGCUUUAUACAGACUCAACCGUCUACUGAGGAUUGACAUGUUUUUCGAGUUCAGCGAUCGGCUUGAGAGUAUCAUGGCCAAGGCUUACAUCUGGAGAGUUGGUCGCACUACUGGCUACUUGCUGUACAUGCUCCAUCUCAAUGCCUGUUUCUACUACGUGGCGUCUGUGUACCUUGGCAUCGGCACCUCCAAAUGGGUCUACGAUGGAGAGGGAACCGCGUACCUGCGUUGUUAUUACUUCGCUGUUCGUAGUCUGAUCAACAUCGGGGGUCUUCCUGAGCCUGGCACUGUGUUUGAGAUCUGUUUCCAGAUGACCAACUUCUUUACUGGUGUCUUUGUGUUCUCCAGUUUGAUUGGACAGAUGAGAGACGUCAUCGGGGCUGCCACGCAGGGCCAGACAUAUUUCCGGGCCUCCAUGGACGGCUGUGUGGAAUACAUGAACACUUUCACCAUCCCUGACUUGGUGCAGAACAGAGUACGCACCUGGUACAACUACACCUGGGACGCCCAGGGAAUGCUGGACGAGUCUAUACUGCUGGAGCAGAUGCCUCUUGUAAUGAGAACAGCCAUUGGUGUGGAUGUAAACUUUGCCACCUUCGAUAAAAUUGCUCUUUUUCAGGGCUGUGAUAAGCAGAUGUUGGUGGACAUGUUGCUGAGGCUCAAGUCUAUUAUAUAUCUACCUGGGGACUUUGUGGUGAAGAAGGGUGACAUUGGUAAAGAGAUGUACAUCAUAAAGGGUGGAGAGGUGCAGGUGGUUGGUGGACCAGAUAACUCCAUUGUGUUUGUGACGCUAAAGGCCGGCUGUGUGUUUGGAGAAAUUAGUCUGCUACAGUCUGCCAAAGAUGGCGGGAACAGAAGGACGGCUAACGUAAAAGCUCAUGGCUUCGUCAACCUCUUUGUCCUGGAUAAGAAAGACCUGGUUGACAUCUUGGUCCACUACCCAAAUUCCCAGAGAGUGCUGGCCAAGAAAGGAAGGAAAUUGAUGAAGGCGAAGGGUCCAGCUGGUGCUAAGGGUGAGGUUGACAAGACGAAAGGAAUGGCGCUGUUCGGACCCAAACCCCCCACUCCUAAAAUGGCACGCAUCUUCGGAGGCUUUGGCAAAGGAGGCUUCUUGGAGAAACUCAAGGCUGCACAAGCGAAGGAGCAGGAGGGGAAGUAAAAAAAUAAAAAAUAUUAAAAAAAAGAGUAGAGGGUGAGACAUCUGAUCCUUUACUUGGAUCCGCCAUCUUUGUUUAUAUUCCUCUAUUGUGCUGGAGUGUAUUCAUUAGUGCACACCGUAGCAAAACGUUUAGCAACAUGUUCGAAAUAUUUUUGUUUGUUGAUUGAUCUCAGAAUCCAGAACCAAAUUUUGCAUGCGUUGUUGACAAUUUAUUAUGCUUUGAUUAGUCAGUGAGUUCUGAUCUCUGUGCUGUUAGCCAAUAUGAUGGAGAAUACCAGCAUGUUAAACUUUGUACACUGUAAAUAGUACUUUUCAUAAAACUAUUAAAAUGUUUACUACAACUGCAGUGUCUUGCUAUCUUUUUCAUUUCAGUUAACAAGCCCAAUUAUGAUCUUUUUUCCACUAAUUGAUCUUUUGACCAAUCACAUCAGAUAUUUUUUUGAGCUGAUCUGAUUGGUCAAAAAAACAAUGAAUGAAAUUAAGAUUUGAGCUGCCUGUGUAAACGCAUCCUUAGAAUCCUAUGGAAUCAAUGUAAAAUUAAAAAAACAAGUUGAAGAAGCAAACUUUUUUUCCACCCCUAAAAAGGAUGAGACACACAUUGUGGUAGAUAAACGUUUACUUGUGAUCAUCAUGCAAUAUUAGAAAUAUGCUUGAUUCCUUUGGGGGGAAAACAGCUAUAAUGGCACAAAGCACACAUGAGUAUACUUAAGCAGUAAGGCCAGAGAGGGUGUGGUAUAUGGCUACGGGCUGCUCUUAUUACGCAACUGGUUACGAAACUAAUUAGAACAGUAAAAGUACUUUUUUUGUCAUACCCAUGGUAUUCGGUCUGAUAUACCACUGCUUUAAGCUAAUCAGCAUUCAAACCACCCAGUAUAUAAUAUAAUAUAGGACAUUGACAUAACAUGGAAGAGCAGAAAGAACCAUUUGAUUGCUACUGUAGCAGUAUCUAUAAUAUAAGGCCCUCAAUUUUUAGGAACCCAUAAACAAUUAUGACAAAAUAACUAAUCCAGUUUAAACCUGAUCAAUUAUCAGUGGGGAAGGAGAAUUAAAUAAAGUAAAUUGUUAAUCAAUAUUACCUAUA